AUGAAAUCCAAGGCGCUCAGGGCGCAGGAGCAGAUCUGGAAGGGUGAUCCCUUUGGCCUCGCCACCUCAGCUUGGACCUUGCUAUUUGGCAGUGUGGCGUAGUGGUUAGAGCAGUGGUUCUCAAUGAGUGCGGCGCUGGGGUGGCAGGAGAGGAUGGCAAAUGUGGCAGUGAAAUUCAAGGGGAAAUCAAAGAAGCAUUUAAACAUUUCAACAUCAAUUGACGUUGGAGAGAAAUUGAGUUGAGAAAUAAGAUUAAGGGUACAUAUUGAUAUGGGAAUGUAUUAGAUAAAAUAAUAAUAAUAAUAAUAAUAAUUUAUUUGUACCCCGCCCAUCUGGCUGGGUUUCCCCAGCCACUCUGGGCGGCUUCCACAGAGACCAAAAAUACACUAAAAUGUCACACAUUAAAAACUUCCCUGAACAGGGCUGCCUUAAGAUGUCUUCUGAAUGUCAGGUAGUUGUUUAUUGCUUUGACAUCUGAUGGGAGGGCGUUCCACAGGGCAGGCGCCACUACCGAGAAGGCCCUCUGCCUGGUUCCCUGUAGCUUUGCUUCUCGCAAUGAGUGAACCGCCAGAAGGCCCUCGGCGCUGGACUUCAGUGUCCGGGCAGAACGAUGGGGGUGGAGACGCUCCUUCAGAUGUAAAGAAAUGUAAAGAAAUAUACAAUAAUAAGAGUACAUUCAUUUGUAAAAAAAGGAAUAUACAACGGGAUUGACAGAAAGUCCGUAGUGUUGUUGCAUAUAUGAUUUUGGAAUAGCUUUUUGUCUUUGUUCUUUUUUUCUUUUUUUCUUUCUUUUUCUUUCUUUAGGUAUAUAAAUUUUGUAUAUAAACUUUGUAUACAUGUUGGAAAUUAUAUUAUAAUAAGCCCUGUAAUGUAAUAUGACAAUGUAUGCAUAUGUAACAUAAGAACGUUAAUAAAUAAAUAAAAUGGGGAGGAAAAAAGAAGAAGAAGAAGAAACAUUUAAACAUUUCAAGAGCAUUGGCUAUUCUUCUGCAGUUCCCCACAACAUCUUGUUUCUGAACAGGGAUUUUCAACUCAGACAAAUGUGAAAGAUCAGUAAAGAGAAAGGCCUCUUUGUGUUGAUGCGGAGAUGAGAGUUUGCUAGGCUCAAAUUAGACCUAAAAUAAAUGAGAUUGCCCAGCAAAUGCAAGCUCAUGCCUCUCAAUGACUUUGUUUACAUACAUACUUACGGCACAUAUGUAAGAGGCUCAUUUAUAAUUAUAUUUUAGGAGUGAUUUAUAUUCUUAUGUAGUUGCAUUGCUUAAUAAUAAUAAUAAUAAUAAUAGAAUUUAUAUACCGCCCUAUACCCAGAGGUCUCACAGAAAAGAUCAACAUAAAAACCAAAAUGUAUAUAUGAUCAAAAUAAAAACAAGAACCCGAUAACACACACAUACACACCCCACCCAAAAGAAAGACUUUCUGGAUGUCCCAUGAUCAUAUUAUAAAGUGGUUGCAUCCUAUGUUUUAAAGCAAGCACUGUUGUUUCUUUUUGUUUUCCAAUGUGUUUCUUCAUUUUAAAAUUUUAAAAAAUAUUUUCUUGAGAGCCAUCCAGAGUGGUUACAUCGCAAAACAUGGGGGUGGGUUUUUUUUGCUGCAAACGCUGCAAAACUUUGGCAUGAAGUUGGAGGGGAUCCCAGAUUCCAGGGUUCAUAGUUCACGAAUCCCAUCUGGUUGGCCGCUGUGAGAAAGGGGUGCGACGCUAGACAGGUCAUUGAACUGAGCCAGCAGGCUUCUCUUACGUUUCUAUGUUCUUACAAUCUCUUUUCUUCUUCUAGAAUUGACUCAUGAUCUUGAAACAAAGGAACUGGAAGCCAGUCAGCAAGGUAAGAGGAAGCCCCCUUUGUGGGUGAGAUGUUGUUAAGAGCAUGAGACUCUUCCCCUGUGAUUCAAAAAGCAGGCGAGGCAUUUGUAUAGCUCUGUCCCAGGUUCAAAACCCUCUCCGGUUAAAAGGGUUUGGUAGCAGGAGGUGAGAAAAGAUGCCUCUCUGCUUGACUCCCUCGAAAGCCACUGCCCCUCAGAGGCCACAGUGCUAAUUCUUUACAAAUAUAUAUAUAUAUUAACUUUAAUAAUGUGUUUUAACCUUCUAGAGGAGACCAGGCUGGCCUCAUCCCUGUUUUACUUCCACCACCAAACAAAGCCUUUUUUGUACCAAUGAGCCUUUGGCCCCUAGCUAGCUGUUGUCUUUUGUGUGUGUGUGCUUUUAAAUGUUCUUGAGUGUUUCCAGUGCAGUUUUUUAUAGGGCUACAGUCAUACUUCGGAAGUCGAACGGAAUCCAUUUGACUUCCAAAACUUUCGGAAACCUGGGCGCAGCUUCCGAUUGGCUGCAGGAAGCUCCUGCAGCCAAUCAGAAGCCGUGGAAGGCCGUUCGGAUGUUUGGGUUCCAAAAAAUGUCCGUAAACCGGUACACUCACUUCCAGGUUUGUGGCAUUCAGGAGCCAAAACGUUCAACUCGCAAGGCAUUCGACUUCCGAGAUACAACUGUAAAGGGACCCCUGACCAUUAGAUCCAGUCAUAGCCGACUCUGGGGUUGCGGAGCUCAUCUCGCUUUACUGGCCAAGGGAGCCGCCGUACAGCUUCCGGGUCAUGUGGCCAGCAUGACUAAGCCACUUCUGGCGAACCAGAGCAGCGCACGGAAACGCCGUUUACCUUCCCGCUGGAGCGGUACCUAUUUAUCUACUUGCACUUUGAUGUGCUUUUGAACUGCUAGGUGGGCAGGAGCAGGGACUGAGCAACGGGAGCUCACCCUGUCGUGGAGAUUCGAACCGCCGACUUUCUAAUCAGCAAGUCCUAGGCUCUGUGGUUUAACCCACAGUGCUACCCGCGUCCCUCCUGAGUAGGACUAGCUUUGGCUGAAACCAGUGCUAUUUUUUUCUAGAAAAAGAGGUGCCAGAACUCACCGUGAACUCCUCCCCUGUUCUCUUAUAAUGACAAUGGCACCCACAUAAGGGGUGCCGAAGCUGAGUUCCAGCUGGGGGGGAAAAAGCCCUGGCUAAAACCCCAGGCCUUGAAAAUAGUUUCAUUUCCCCAGCUCUCCCAGGCCUGAAUGCUUUUCGACCCAGUCCUAAUUCUUAGCGACAGUGCGGCCAGCAGAGGGUGCUGAGUGAGCAUGUGAUUGGCGUUCCCUUCUAGGCUUGGAACAGUUCCCAAGGAUUCCACUAUUAUUCCGCUUUGCCGUCUCGGUUUCUGGCCUGGCCUAGUUUCGCUCUUUACCAAUGAUGUUUGCGGGUAUUGUUUGAAAGUCUUCAGGCUGAACAAGCUGGCAUCAGGUACUCAGAAGCCUUGUUUCCUCACCGCUUCCCACUGCGUGGGUGCAUAGGAAAAAGAAGUCAAGAUGUUUGGAUCAGUGGUCCAGACUGGAUUCCAUGACAUUCAUUGUUUGCACAUUGCCCGUAUUUCUUGCCCAGGAUCGGUGUGAUCGUUAGAAUAUCCGACUCUCUCUCUCUCUCUCUCUCUCUCUCUCUCUUUCUUUCUUACAUUUGUAUAGCAAUCUUCAAAUAUCUAACAGGCUGUCACAUGGAAAAUGGCGCCUCCUUUUCUCCUGCUCUGGGGGGUAGGACUUGAACCCAUGACUUCAAGCUACAAGAAAGGAGAACAUCUGGAAGAACUUUCUUACAGCAAGAGGGGCCAGCUUCUCUAGAGGAUUUGGAGGGGGCAACAUCCUCUGAAUAUUGAGGGGGCUCAGCCCCCUCCAGAAAAAUAUUCAACUGCAUCAGCUCCUGGAAGUUGGCACCUAUGUCUGACAGUAAGAGCUGUUUGACUCCCUUGGGAGAUUGUGGACUCUCCUUCCUUGGAGGUUUUAAAGCAGAGUUUGGAUGGCCAUCUGCCAUGGAUGCUUUAGCUGAGAUUCCUGUAUUUCAGGGGGUUGGACUAGAUGACCCUCAGGAGGUCCCAGCUCCACGAUUCUAUGAUUUUGUGAUUGCUGAAACCCCAAACCAGCAGUGGCCUUCGUGGUCAAGUGACAAAGCCACCAAUAGGAGGACAGGAAGCUGCCUUAUAUCUGACCAUAGUUCUAUCUAGCUCAGUAUCGUGUUUCCCAAAGUUGGGUCUCCAGCUGUUUUUGGACUACAACUCCCAUCAUCCCUAGCUAGCAGGACCAGUGGUCAGGGAUGAUGGGAAUUGUAGUCCUGCAGCCUUGGCUGCUGGAUGACGGAGGGGAGAGAGAAAAGGUCCCGAGAUCUUUAUCGCCAGGAGCAGCUCUUUUAUCACAGCGAGGUGGUGCUACAGAGCGUCUGGCGGCCUCGCCCCGGCCCCGGAGGCAAAAGGCGAGGCUGCAAGUGGCACAACAAAGGCGUUUGAGGCGUAGACGGCAGCAGGAAGUCUCAGGCGAAUGGAAUGCUGGUGGAAGGCAGACGCAGAGAAGCGAGUGGCCGAUUCCAAAAAAAGCCUCUCCUCUUUCCCUGCCACACCCUGGAGGAGGAAACAGCACCGCAGCGAAAUGUAUCCGGUGUGCCUUGAUGUCCUCAGCUGCCCUUUGUAGGUUCAGAUAAAGCAGAAGUCAGCCCGUUAGGGGUCACCAAGGGCAGCCCCACCAACCACAGCCAGCCCUCAGAAACCGGCCUUUGAUAGCUGCCUUUCUUGAAAAGAUGUGCCAGUCACUAAAAGCAUCCAAAGAGCAGAGCUCGAAGGACCGUUUCUUUGCAAUAGGGCACGGUUUUAUUUAUUUCCGCUGGAAGAGCAUGGGCCUCUUAAUCCUAGGGUUGUGGGUUCGAGCCCCACAUUGGGCAAAAGAGUCCUGCCCUGCAGAGGGUUGGACUAGAGGACACACACACACACCAGCCCCUUCCAACUCUACAAAUCUAUGAUUCUAGGCAAAUAUGGAAGUUAUUCGGUCCCACCAGCACAUGCAAAUGUCUGGCUCAUUUAAGACUAUGCAAAAGCUUUGUUCCCAGUAAUGGUGGAGCUCAUUGGUGGAGAAUACCUUUAUUUAUUUAUUUAUACGACUUUAUUGUUUGCAAAAAGAAUCUUCCUGCCACUGCUAGUCAGUGUAGACAAUACUGGGUUAGAUGGGCCCAGUGGUCAGGUUCUGUUUAAGACAGCUUUCUUUCUUCCUCACCCUGCUCUGGAAGACUAGGCGAGGGGUGGGGAGGCUGUGGCCAUCCAGAUGUCAUUUAUUUAUUAUUAUCAUUUAUUAAAUUUGUAUAUUGGAUAUAUAGAGGGACGCGGGUGGUGCUACGGGUUAAACCACAGAGCCUAGGACUUGCCGAUCAGAAGGUCAGCAGUUCGAAUCCCUGCAACGGGGUGAGCUCCUGCCAACCUAGCGGUUUGCUGGGUCCCAGCUCCUGCCAACCUAGCAGUUUGAAAGCAUGUUAAAGUGCAAGUAGAUAAAUAGGUACUGCUAUGGCGGGAAGGUAAACGGCGUUUCCAUGCGCUGCUCUGGUUCGCCAGAAGUGGCUUAGUCAUGCUGGCCACAUGAUCCGGAAGCUGUACUCCGGCUCCCUCGGCCAGUAAAGCAAGAUGAGCACUGCAACCCCAGAGUCGGUCACAACUGGACCUAAUGGUCAGGGGUCCCUUUAUCAUUUACCCUUUACGUUUAUAUCAGAUGUAUAACCAGGUGUUGCUGGAUUCUCCCAUAUCCAGCAACCCCAGCAUGGUGACAGGAGCGAACCAGCAGGAAACCACACUGAGCCAGUUGGCGUUAACUCUUUAUUAGCAAAAGCAGGAUCUGCACAAGUGUGUCGGGCCUAAUGAACACAGCAACGUAUGUCCGGCAGGUCUUUUCCCCAUGAAGCAGUUGCUGAGACUGAAGGUCUCUGCCUCCCCACAGCUGCCUAGGUCCCGUCCUCUCCAGGGUUUUCCCCAAGCAAUCUUAGACUGCGCCUUUGUUGUUGUUUAGUCGUUUAGUCGUUUAGUCGUGUCCGACUCUUCGCGACCCCAUGGACCAGAGCACGCCAGGAACUUCUGUCUUCCACUGCCUCCCGCAGUUUGGUCAAACUCAUGCUGGUAGCUUCGAGAACACCAUCCAACCAUCUCGUCCUCUGUAGUCCCCUUCUCCUUGUGCCCUCCAUCUUUCCCAACAUCAGGGUCUUUUCCAGGGAGUCUUCUCUUCUCAUGAGGUGGCCAAAGUAUUGGAGCCUCAGCUUCACGAUCUGUCCUUCCAGUGAGCACUCAGGGAUGAUUUCCUUCAGAAUGGAUAGGUUGGAUCUUUUUGCAGUCCAUGGGACUCUCAAGAGUCUCCUCCAGCACCAUAAUUCAAAAGCAUCAAUUCUUCGGCGAUCAGCCUUCUUUAUGGUCCAGCUCUCACUUCCAUACAUCACUACUGGGAAAACCAUAGCUUUAACUAUACGGACCUUUGUUGGCAAGGUGAUGUCUCUGCUUUUUAGGAUGCUUUCUAGGUUUGUCAUUGCUUUUCUCCCAAGAAGCAGGUGUCUUUUAAUUUCGUGGCUGCUGUCACCAUCUGCAGUGAUCAUGGAGCCCAAGAAAGUAAAAUAUCUCACUGCCUCCAUUUCUUCCCCUUCUAUUUGCCAGGAAGUGAUGGGCCCAGUGGCCAUGAUCUUCGUUUUUUUGAUGUUGAGCUUCAGAUCAUAUAGACUGCGCCUAGCCCUCUUCAUGCCUCUCCUGGUACUUGGAGACCAAUGGGGAGGGGAGCUUGUUGUAGCAGGAGGGGGAGACACCCAUGCCUCUUCACCAGCCAGACUCAUCUCUGCCUCUUGGCCUCCCUCCUCUCCUACUUAAGCCUCUGCCUCUGAUUCUGGACUUCUCCCUGCCACGGACUCCCCCAGCUCACUAAGCCCUGCUGCCUCUUCAGCUUCCGACACCUCCUCUUCCCAGUCUUCUCCCUCUGACCACUCACUGUUGUCCCACCACCGCUCCCCAGGCUCUGAGCCUUCUUCUCUUGGGGGUCUCCCCAUCUGACUGCUCCCACCAUUCCUCUGCAUCCAACCACUCUGUGGCAUCUAACCAAUGGUCAGCAGGAGGGUGGGAUGGCAGCUGUAGCCCCAGAACCUUCUGGAGGACCACAGAUCCCCAUCCCUGGGCUAGGUGAGGACUGUGCAUGACAACAUAGGAUAUCGGAAGGACUCAUUGCUUUCUAAACUCCUAACUAGAAGAGGGCAAGCGAGGUGAUAGGGGAAGAGCAGGGCAAGAGGAGCAUCAGCAAAUUCAUUUCUUCCUCAGCAUCCUUGGAUCUGCAAGCAACUGACUCACGAGCCACCCUAUUCCACACAAGAGGCCGCCUCCCAUCCUGUGGAUUCUUUGCCUAUGUCAGCUUUCACUAUCCCAACAUCUUAUAGGACAAUAAACUGAUGAUGAGUCAAAUAAUUGCUUCCCCCUUGUCACCUUGUGUACAUCCACGUCUCUCAAAGAGCUCCUUGUAAGCCUCUGAAGAGGCAGUGCUGGGAAGCAAUUGCAUGUAGGAGAAGGGUUGAAAUAAUAAUAAUAAUAUUAAUAAUAAUGAAAGGAAUCCACAAACUGGAACGCCCUCUGGACAGGUUUUUGCAUGGCUAAUCCUUUGGCGAGGAUGUCUUUGCAUUACCGUGUCUGAGAGGUGUGUUAGCAGGCAUUUACAAAGAAAGCUGGAAGUGGAAGCAAAGUGACUUCUUCUUCUUCUUCUUCUUCUGGGGAGACUGGAUAUCAUCCUGCAGGCAUACCAGAUGUGUGCGCCCCAGCUGUCUUUUGCCUGGGCCAGUCCUGGUUUUUCGGUCUGGCAAGCCAAAACAGGUCCAUGGCAAAGAUCAACAAGAACACUACCCACCAGGCACUGAGCUUGUGGAGCUAUCUGCAGGGAGUCGUUCCUCCAAAAACUGUGUCAUCGGGCAGUGAAAAGGGUGGUAGAGCACAUGCUUUGCAGCCUACAUUGACAGAAAACCCGUUCUGUGUCCAGGGCGGCUGUCGACCAGCUCUGUUUGGUAGGCCGACUGAGACCCUACCUGCCUGACCGUUGUCUUGCCAGAGUGGUACACGCUCUGGCUAUCUUCUGCUUGGACUACUGCAAUGCUACCUUUGAAGGUGACUCGGAAACUGCAACUAAUCCAGAAUGCGGCAGCUGGACUGAUGACUGGGUCGGCCACCGGGACCAUAGAACACGAGUCCUAAAGGAUCUGCACUGGCUCCCAGUACAUUUCCAAGCAGAAUUCAAAGUGUUGGUGAUGACCUUUAAAGCCCUAAAUGGCCUCUGCCUUGUAAACCUAAAGGGGUGGCUCCAACUCCAUUGUUCAGCCGCUGUUGUUUGGACUGUUGUCCAUUGUUCAGACACUGAAGUUCCACCUUCGAGGGCCUUCUGGUGGUUCCCUUACUGCAAGAAGUGAGGUUACAGGGAACCAGGCAGAGGGCCUUUUUCGCAGUGUUGCCUUCCCUGUGGAACGCCCUCCCAUCGGAUGCCAAGGAGAUAAACAACUAUCUGACGUUUAGAACACAUCUGAAGGCAGCACUGUAUAGGAAAGCUUUUAAUGUUUGAGGUUUUAUUUUGCUUUUAUAUUUGUUGGAAGCCUCCCAGAGUGAAUGGGGCAACCAAGUGAGAUGGGGUGUUGUUGUUGUUGUUGUUGUUGUUGUUGUUGUUAAUCUUCAAUGUUCUAGAAUCUUCAAUGUUCAGUCUUCUAGAAUCCUUGAGUUGGAGGACAACUUGAGAGAACAUCUAGUCCAACCUCAACCCCAUCCAUGGUUCUUACAUUUUCAUCCCGCAUUGGAAAAUAGCUGCAUUGCAGGUUGCUGGGCUAAGCACUCUUGGGGUACCUGCAAUACUAUGAUUUCCCCUGAGGACAUCUUGAAGGGUCUCAGGACUCAUCCACACUUCCCCUUGUCCGUCUGCUUCCCCCUGGCUAAAACUGCUCUUUACAGUGAUCAAAUGGAGCAAAUGGAGAAAAAUGUGUUUUCUCCAGGUGGAUGUUUACUCUGAUUCCGCACUAAAGAUCAUCCGUUCCCAGGGAAAGGAGUGGGGCAGGGGGAAACUCCUUGGACCCAUAUCUAGAAAGUGUGGGGCAAGCAGAAAACCGCUCAGCCCCAUGCUUUUCAAAGUGAAAGUGUGGGUGAGCCCUCAUUAGACUAUUAUUUGUUUUCAUUUCACUUAAAAAUAUUUCUAUAGCCCAAAUAUAUUUGGGGACACCCCCUCAAAGGGCUCAGCCCUCAGGAGCUGCCCCCUCCCUGUUCAUGAUUGUUUGGGUUUUCUGUUUCUUCUGUGCAUCACAAGUAGCACGGGGACUAAGUUCACGGUUACAUCUUCUGCAUCUCAUUUGCAGUUGUUUUUGUCCACUUGAAAAAUCUCAGUUAAGAAAAAGAAAGCCAAAAAGCCUCUCUCUUUCUCUUGGAUGUAGAGCUUUUUCUUUUUUCUUUUGAAAAUUUUUUUUGUUCAGUUUUACACUAUACAUUUAAAUUCAAACAUUAGACAUCAUCACCAGCAUUUGGGAUAUCCUGAAUCCUUAGACUCCCCUCCAUGGUUUCCAUUUUCAAUCUUUUCCUACUGCAUCACAUAUUUUCUCCAUUUUUCUUAAAGAAUCCAUUUUUACCUUAGUUUUUAGUACAUUACAAGCGUUACUCAAAUCCUGCCAAAGUUUUUAGUUGCUUACAAUGUUCUCUUAAGCAAAUUGUAAUUUCCCCCCAUUCCUUAUUAAAGUUCCUCUCUUCCUGGUUUCUGAUUUUCCCAGUCAUUUUCGCCAUUUCACCGUAGUCCAUCAUCUUCAUUAGCCAUUCGUCUCUGGUCGGGACUUUGUCUUCUUUCCAUUUCUGGGCCAGUAGUAGCCGCGCUGCUGUUGUUGCAUGCAUAAACAAUCAUUUCUGCUCCUUUGGUAUCUCUGCACCUAAAAUUCCUAGUCAAAAGGCUUCUGGUUUUCCCCAGAAAUGUUAUUUUAAACUUUUUUCUCCAACUCAUUAUAUAUACAGUGGUACCUCGGAUUACAGACACUUCAGGUUACAGAUUCCGCUAACCCAGAAAUAGUACCUCAGGUAAAGAACUUUGCUUCAGGAUGAGAACAGAAAUCGUGCUCUGGCGGCACGGCAGCAGCAGGAGGCCCCAUUAGCUAAAGUGGUACCUCAAGUUAAGAACAGUUUCAGGUUAAGAACGGACCUCCAGAACGAAUUAAGUUCUUAACCCUAGGUACCACUGUAUAUAUAUCAUUUCCCAGAAUGCUUUUGUUGUCUUGCACAUCCACCACGUGUGGUAGAACAUGUCUUCCUUCUCCUUGCACUUCCUUUUGGCUAAGAUCAAGUGUAGUAUCUGUUCUUCUCAGUUUAAUAUCUUGAUAUGUUCUCUAUUUGAAUGUAGACAUCAUUGACCAGGAGCUGGAGGAGAAGUGCAAGAUCAUGGAAGCCCAGCUGCAGGAGAAGGAGAUGAACAACGUGGAACUGCGCAAGGAGUUGAGGCACAAGGAGAGCUUGGUGGCUGCCCUCCGCUCCAACCUGAGGAACAAAGAGAGGAAGUUCCUGGAGGAGCUGAAGAGGAGGAGCCACCGGGUGACCAUCCUCAACACAGAGCUUCAGAAGCAGACGGAGGCGGCUGCCUACCUCUCCUUCCAGCUCCACGCCACCAAACAGAAGCUCCACAGUUCCCGGCAGAGUGGGAAGGCCCUGCCCGAGAUGCCCCCUGAGAAACCUUUCCUCCCUCCGCCCUGCGGCGAGGUGAGGCCCAAGAAACGGACGCAGAAGUCCCACACUCGUCGGCAGGCUUCCAGCAACUUCCACAGCAGGGGGGCCUUCAAGGAGCCUCCGCCUCGCGACCGGCUGAGCAGCUUCGAAGACGUCGAGCCCAUGCCCGACCCGGCACUUUUCCUGUACAUGAAACGGCACCACACACCGCCUCACCGCCAGAGAGCGGAGCAUCACAAAGCCUCGGCCUUGUCCGCCAAGGUGGGCGCCGACCAAAGCGACCCCAAGGGCAGCCGGCUGAGGUCGUCCGCCCGGCAGGCCUCCUCGGAGCCAACGGAAGCUUCCGGAGGCACCAGGACUUUGGGCAAGCUGCGGCCGUCUUCCAAAGGGGAGCAGCGCAAGCGAAGCAGCCCCAACCCCCAAACUUCGAAAGAUGUUGACUAA